GCUUCAUUCAUGACUAUACAAUGAUUGUUUUUUAUUAUCAGCUACUGUUAUAGCAGCUAGCUUUGUAAGAUAGUCAAGGUAAUAAGAUCUGAAGCAAUGGUUUCCUCUAGUGAUUAUCAACAGUUUUAGAUUUUAAGACAGGAUGACCAGCAGACAUAAUCUACUAUAGUUACAAAUUAAUACGAAAACAGCUAUGCUUUGUAAGAUAGUCAAGGUAAUAAGAUCUGAAGCAAUGAUUUCCUCUAUUGAUUAUAGAUUUUAAGACAGGAUGAUCAACAGACAUAGUCUACUAUAGGUACAAAUUAAUACGAAAAAAAGCUACCCAGAAGCAAUAUAAUGUUGAAAUCUCAUGCUGUUGAACAUUUUACUUCUUAAUAUUCUGUUGCACACUUGAAUCUAGCAUUUUCUAUACAGUGAGAGGUUAAUUCUGGAUAUACAAAUUUCAUCAUGUUUCUGUCUGUCACCCAUCCAUAGCUCCAUCUAAUAGACGCCAUUGCUUAAUCCAUGACAUGCUUUUCAUUGCUUAGUUCAUGACUAUGCAAUCAUUGUUUUUUAUUACCUGCAACUUCUUUGUAAGAUAGUCAAGGGAGUGAACUUCACUGCUUCAUUUUCGGUUCUAAUCUCUCAACACUUUUCAGCCAGUAGGUUAGGCAAUUUCUGCUUCCCAUUCUUUGAUCCUUAAAUAUGCAAUUCAGCUCAAUUGAAAAUUUGUUUGCUUAUUAUCAGCUCAUGACAUGAUUUCCUUUGCUUUUACAUAACAAGAAAGAUGAAUAAUUGUAAUAAGAUCUGAAGCUAUGAUUGCCUCUGCUGAUUAUCAACAGUUUUAGAUUUCAAGACUGGAUGAUCAGCAGACAUAAUCUACUAUAGUUAGAAAUUAAUACCAAAAGAGCUACCCAGAAGCAAUAUAAUAUUGAAAUACCAAACUGUUGAACAUUUUUCCUCUUAAUAUUCUGUUGCACACUUGAAUCUAGCAUUUUCUAUACAUUGAGAGGUUAAUUCUGGAUAUACAAAUUUCAUCAUGUUUCUGUCUGCCACCCAUCCAUAGCUCCAUCUAAUAAACGCCAUUGCUUGAAACUUGCAUUCAUGCUUACACUGACAUAUCAAAAAGCCAAUACAUUCACAGAUUUUCAUUAUCUGCUACUGUUAUAUAUGAUUGCGUUGCAGGGACAUAGCAAUGGAGUACGUAGAGCCUGUUCUUGGCAUUGCAAAUUGUCUUGGAACUCCUGCUUGUAAAUACUUGCAAUAUCACAGAAAGCUCAAUGAUUAUGUGAGAAACUUCAAGAGGAUGAGAGAUGAGUUGAAUUGCAAAAUGGAAGAUAUAGAGCUGCAAUUGAAAGCAGAGCUUCUUCGUCCUCUGGGGAAGAUACCGAAGAAGGGAGUUGAAAAUUGGUUGAAAGCUGUGAAAGAGAUGAUUAGGGAAGCACAAGUUGUUGAAAAUAAAGUCAGUAACGGGAGAUAUCUCUGCCGUGCUUGCAACGGGAAGCUGGUUGAUGAAAAGACUCGAGAAAUGAAGAAAUUUCUUGAUAACGCUCCUAAUGCCUCUGAAGGUCUUGCCAUGGAUGGUCCAAGUGCUGGGUUGCCACUGCCAACAUCAGAGCUAGUUGGAGAAGAAGCUGUCAGAAAUGAGAUUUGGGCAUGUUUGAUGCAGGAGGAGGUGAGCAAGAUUGGGGUUUGGGGGAUGGGUGGUGUGGGUAAAACCACUAUCAUGAAGCACAUCCACAAUGAUCUUUUGAAAGAACAAAGAUUCGAAAGGGUAAUCUGGGUUACCAUAUCAAAGGAGUUCAAUGUAAUGAAGGUACAAGAUAAUAUUGCAAGUGCAUUGGAGGCGAAGAAAUAUUUAGACAAAGAAGAGGACAAGCUCAGACGAACAACAAUCUUGUCAGAAAUGCUGAAGAACGCAGGAAAACAUGUUCUAAUCCUAGAUGAUGUGUGGGAUAAAGUCUCUCUAGAGGAAGUUGGGAUCCUCGAGCCGAGUGGCAGCAAUGGCUGCAAGUUGGUGUUGACAACCCGUUUGGAGCAUGUCUGUAAGUAUAUGGGUUGUAAGGUGAUAAAAGUGAAGCCUCUUUUAGAAGAAGAGGCAUUGAUACUAUUCUUGAAUAAAGUUGGACCUAACAUUGUUCAAAGUCCAACUAUAAUGCCUACUCUGAAGCAUGUUGUCAAGGAAUGUGCGGGUCUACCUCUUACAAUUGUCGUGGUAGCUGGUACCAUGAAAGGAGAAGAUAACCCACUUAUUUGGAAUAAUGCACUCAGGGAAUUGAAAGAGAGAAUAGGGAAAGUGGAAGGAGUGGAAGCUGAGGUAAUCGAGAGCUUGAAAUUUAGCUUCGAUCACUUAAAAGACGAGAGAGUGAAAUAUUGUUUCUUACAUUGCGCAUUAUAUCCCGAAGAUUUUGGAAUUGAAAAGGAUGAACUAAUUGAGUGCUGGAUUGAGGAGGGAUUCAUAGAUGAUAUGGAUACAAGACAAGAAAUGAAAGACAAGGGCCAUGUUAUUUUGAAGAAGUUAGGAGAUAACUGCUUGUUGGAAAAUAUUACUAAUUUAUUUGGUCAACCUCGCAUAAAGAUGCAUGAUGCAGUGAGAGACAUGGCACUGUCGAUCACAAGUAUGAAUCCUCGAUAUAUAGUACAAGCAGGCUUGCAAUUAAAAGAAUUACCGAAAAGGGGGCAAUGGAGUCCAGAUAUUGAAAAAGUGUCGCUUAUGGAUAACUCCAUAACGGAAUUUCCCGCAGAUGUGCUGCCCACAAAAUGUCAACUGCUCACGACCUUGUUAUUGCAGUUUAACCCUAUAAAGAAGAUCCCAUAUUUUUUCUUCAUAAACAUGCCCUAUCUUUGUGUCCUCAAUUUGUCCUAUACGGAGAUCGAAAGUUUACCAAAUUCCAUCUCUAAACUAAAGAACCUCACAACAUUGUUGCUUCGUGGCUGUUAUAAAUUAAGAGAUAUGCCAUGUCUUUCAAUGCUUCAAGAAUUGAAGAAGUUGGACCUUAAUCAGACUGAAAUUGAGGAAGUCCCUGAAGGCAUGGAUAUGCUGAUAGAGCUAAGAUAUCUUGAUCUUGGAGUGCAUACUCUGAAAGAGAUACCCGCUAGACUUUUACCAAAACUCGUUCACCUUCAGCACUUGAGUUUUGAUGUGUACAAUGAAAAAACAAGUCUAAAAGCAGAGGAGAUGGAACCAUUGAAAAAGUUGGAGUGCUUUACCGGACGUUUCGAAGACAUCAACGAAUUCAAUAAGUUCAUCUCCUCAAUGCAACAAAGUAAGGAAAAUCUCAUCAAGUACUAUUUACAUGUGGGCUCAUCUUUUAUUCCUGCUGAAAGAGAUAAAACAGUAACAAUUGGAGGAGUCCAGAAUUGGGAAGGUGAGUUAAUUAUGCACCCAAUUGAAAUUCAAGAGUUGAUUAUUGUAAAGUGCGACUAUUUAAGAAGCUUAGUCGAUGAUAAUUGUUCCUUCAAAAAUGCGAUUGACUUGAGGAUUUAUGAUUGUAAAGGGAUAGAGUGUGUUGUUCCCUUGUCCUCUUUUGCCUCUUCUUCCGCUCAUCCAUUUCAGAGCCUCGAGUUAUUGUAUCUUCAACUUCUGCCAAAGUUGAGUGCCCUUAUUAUGAAAGAUGCAGGAAUUGGUUCAGCAACAACAUCAACAUUGGCUCCGUCUACCACCUUUUCCCAUCUUAAGGAAAUUUAUGUAGGGAGCUGCUCAAGUAUGAAGACGUUGCUUCCACAUUGGUUGCUUCCAAACCUCCAAAACCUGGAAAAAAUACAAGUGGAGGGUUGUAGUCAGCUAGUCGAAAUAUUGGGAGCAGAAACAUCAGAAGUUGAAGAAAAAGGGAGUGAUGCAUUAAUCAAAUUCCAUCUUCCUAAAUUGAGAGAAUUGAUUCUAUUUUCCUUACGAAAUUUGAAGAGCAUAUGCAGCAAAAGUGGAGUGAUGGUUUGUGAUUCUCUCCAACUUAUCCGUAUUAUUAGAUGUGAUAAACUGAAGAGAAUUCCUCCAUUUGUUCCCCUUGUUGGUAAUGGGCAGCCAUUUGCAUAUGCUCCACCUUCUCUUACCAUCAGGUCAGACACAGAAUGGUGGGAAUCGUUGGAGUGGGAUGACCAUCCAAACUUUAAAAAUGUUAUUCGCUUCAACCCCCCGUGGAGGAUAAGAGGUAUGAACAAUGUAUGGUCUUUUUAAUUUUAUAUAUUCAUAUUUAUAAUUAAAACAUUUAAGUUAUAAACUUAUUUUGAUAUGAUAUCGAAUGAAAUAUUAUUAUGGACUUUUAUCACAUUCAA